AUGCGCCGCUCUUUCCACAAGAUAGCCGCUCCGGUCACUCGGACUCGACAACUGCACACGGGCUUGCCCACACCCCGGCCCCAGCGCUGCUUUCACCAGAGCACCCUCUCGGCCUCCCCCCGGAAGCGCAACUUCUUCACGUCCAACCAGCUCCUGUCCAACGCCGACGGCAGACCGGACCCGCCCGAAGGCACGUCUCCCGUGGACGAGGCCGCCUCCCGCGCCCGGCUCGCCGGCCCCGCAGCCAAGCGGAAGACCGCUCGAUCUCCGGUUGCGAAGAAGAAGAUCCGCGCCAGUGCCCUGACCGGCAAGUCAACGGCCGGCGGUGCCGCUGCAGCAAGGGGCACCUCGGCGGCCGCUGCCGCUGCUGAGGAUGAUGCCGAUGAUGCCGAUUACACAAACACAUUCAGGGCCAUAUGUGUCGCCCGGUCCUUCGACAUGGAGGCGGUGCAGGACAUCCUGAAGGUCCAGGGCUUCAACAUCGACCCGGACAAUGCCGGCCUGGACAGCAACGAUGUUGUACAUGCCAGGUCAUGGAAUAACGGAGACAUAUUUGUCUUCAGUUCCGGUACUGUGGUCGCGUGGUCCGUCCCCACAGAUGCUAUCGUAACGCUGGCCACCAAACAUCUGCUGGGAGCUGCUCAGUUUCCCCACGUCAACGACCUAGAGCUGGAGGAUCUGCAGUUCUCUGUCGACGAAACCCGCGACAAUUGCUUCAUCAGGGACGAGGAGGUCGUUCUCGGCACGCGGGACUAUGCAACACACGAGAGGAAACUCGACGUCACCAUGGCCAAGGUUGCCUUCUCCAUGGGACUGGCCCGAAGCACCAAGCUGGCGGUCUUGGAGAACAAGCUGGACGAGUUCGCUGAGAAUGCGAGACCGAUAGCCCAGACGUUGGCGGACGGCUCUGAGCUGUCACAGUCGCGGCAGUUUAUUGUGAAAAAGACGGGCGAGAUCCUAAGCCUGCGAUCUCAACUCAAUACCUAUUCUGAGUUAACAGACAGUCUCCCCGACAUCUUCUGGGACAAGGAGUCAAAGAUUGAGACCUACUACAACCACAUCAGCAGGAUACUCGACGUCCAUCCGCGUAUCAAGCAGCUGAACACCAAGAUGGAUUAUGCUUCCGAGGCAGUAAGCGUCAUGCGCGAGAUGUCAAGUGAGAAGGCAGGCCAUAGAUUAGAGUGGAUCAUCAUCAUUUUGAUCACGGUUGAGGUGUUAUUCGAAGUCCGGAGGAUAUAUCGUGAGGAGUGUCUAGAGGGUGGUGGAGAAAAAAAAGCAUCGUAG